GCUGGGACGCCCUCAGCUUCUCUAGAAGAAGGGCCAUGAGAAUCCCAAGAUGAAGGUCGUGUUCCUGACUCUCCUCUGUGGUCUGGUUGGUGCUGCCCAGGAAACUCCAGCUGAGAUAGACCCCUCAAAGAUUCCAGGAGAGUGGCGUACCAUUUACGCAGCUGCAGAUAACAAGGACAAGAUUGUGGAAGGGGGCCCGCUGAGGAAUUACUAUCGUCGGGUUGAAUGCAUCAAUGACUGUGAAUCUCUCUCCAUUACAUUUUAUCUCAAGGACGAUGGCACAUGUCUGUUGCUCACAGAAGUGGCAAAGAGAAAAGAAGGAUAUGUGUACGUCAUACAAUUCGACGGUACCAAUACUUUGGAAGUGAUUCAUGUGUCAGAAAACAUGCUGGUAACUUAUGUUGAAAAUUAUGAUGGGGAGAGGAUCACAAAAAUGACUGAAGGUCUUGCCAAAGGAACCAGUUUCACUCAAGAAGAACUUCAGAAGUAUCAGCAGCUGAACAGUGAAAGGGGGGUUCCAAAUGAAAAUAUAGAAAAUGUCAUCGAAACAGACAAUUGUCCUCCAUAAGAACAGUGAAGAGCGGUUCG